UUAUUAUUAUGAGCUUUUUUGGAUUUAUAGCCACUUUCUUUACAUUUGCUGCACUUGUUCUUCAAGUGUUUACCAUGAUUGGCUCAACCUAUAAUCAACCGUUUUUACGUUCACUUUAUUUUGCCAAAGUGAAUGAUGCAAGCGAAUUUCUGACAUUUGGUUUAUGGAAUUACUGUACUGGUUCUGGUGAUCAUAUCUUAAGCUGUAGUCACCCUACACCUGCUUUUGAUUGGAGUACAGUAGACAAUAUCAGCCAAUACCUUCAAAUCAACCACAUUGACAAAGUCUUCUUGACCAACUUUAUCUUAUACUGGAUUGCUUUGGGCUUUACUUUUAUUGCUCUCAUUAUCACUAUCAUGAGUAGUUUUAGAAGAGGUCCUGAUUUCUUGGCUUCUCUUAUGACUUUUAUUGCCUUUGUUGUCCAACUUGUCGUGUUUGUGAUUGUCUUGGUGAUUGCAGUCAAAGGCGUCAAUGCUGCUAAAGAUGCUGGUAGUUCAAUUUCCGGUAGUUUGGGUCCUUCCACUUGGAUGACACUCGGUGCUUUUGUUGCCUUAUUGUUCUCUAGUAUUUCUUACUGCUUUGCUUGUAUUUGUGGACCUGGUCGUGUUCGAUCUUCUGAAAAAUAUGACUAUUAGAAUGAAUACCAACUACUACUUUUUAUAUAUAUAUUUAUCUCUUAUUGUAUCAUAUAUCAUCCUGUACACUUUAAUAUGUAAUAAACCAAUGCUUUAUUUUCAUUGGAUAGUUUUGAAUGUCACUUUUGUUUCUC